AUGACGCCCCCGGCCAGCAGGUGUCAGUGCACACCUGAGCAGCGCGUGACUCCUGCCAAAUCUAAGAGCAAAAAGCUACAAGCAGAAGAUGACAAAGAUGAUGGGGGCUUUUCCACGUUCAACUCUGGGAGUAAGGAUGUCCCCAUGGAGGACUCCGGGGAAAUGUUCUUCUCUGGAGACAAGAUCCCGGGAGUGUCUGGGCUUAAAAACCAUGGGAAUACCUGCUUCAUGAAUGCAAUACUACAGUGCCUCAGCAACACUGAUCUGUUUGCGGAGUAUCUUGUUUUGGAGCACUUUAAAGAAGAAGAGCAAAACGAGGAGAAACCAAGAACAAAUGGUGUCCAUUUGCAGAGGAAAGGACCAUUGGCCAAAGGGGAGGUGACCGAGCAGCUGUCCGGACUCGUGAGGGCAUUGUGGACCUUUGAGUACACGCCGCAGCAUAGCAGGGAUUUCAAGAGCAUUGUAUCAAAAAAUGCCACCCAAUUCAAAGGACAUGCUCAGCAUGAUGCUCAGGAGUUUCUGCUGUGGCUGCUGGACCGAGUGCAUGAAGACAUCGACACUGUCAAUCCCAACAGCCGACCGGCAAUUAAGCCUCCAAUAGAAGAGGAAGAUCAGAGCGUCGAGGGGCCGUCUCCUCCCCUUUCGGCUGGAUCGUUUGUGCAAGAGCUGUUUCAGGCUCAGUACAAGUCGUCUCUCACUUGCCCACAUUGUCAAAAACAGAGCAACACGUUCGACCCGUUCCUGUGCAUUUCUCUGCCCAUCCCGCUGCCCCACACGCGCCCCCUGUAUGUGACGGUGGUCUACCAGGGCAAGUACUCUCACUGCAUGAGGGUCGGAGUGGCCGUUCCCCUCAACAGCACAGUGUACCGGCUCCGAGAGGCCGUGUCACGAGAGACCAAGAUCCCCAUGGACCAGUUUGUUCUGACCGAGAUGUACUACGACGGCUUCCACCGCUCGUUUUGUGACGACGACCACGAUCUUAAUAUUAUUCAAGAAAGUGAUUCCAUCUUUGCCUUCGAAACACCCGAGACUUUCAAACUGGAAAACAUACGUCACAAAAGAGGGAGUCUUCUGGCAAACUUGAAUCACAAUAACUUUAAGUACGGGGCAGAGUUGAGCCGGACUCCUUCGUUCAUGCAGGGGGCCAUGACGCCUCUGACUGCGUCGCCAAACAAAAACCUCGGGCCAGAGAAAAUGAUCUUGUUGGUGUGUAACAGAGCGUGCACCGGACAUCAAGGAAAGAGGUUUGGCUUGCCGUUCGUGCUGUACUUGGAGCGCACUGUGACCUGGGACACUCUGCAGAAGGAAAUCUUGGAAAAAAUGCGUCACCUCCUGAGGCCAGGGGUUUAUAUUCAGGUGGGACCCUUCAGUCUCCGAGUGGUUGGAGUCGUCGGAAUCACCUAUCUCCUCCCUCAAGACGAGAGGCCGCUGUGUCACCCGACCGUGGACAGAGCGUAUAAGUCUUGUGGACAUGGAGGGCCGCCACAUGUCAAGAUUGUAGUGGAGUGGGACAAAGAAACCAAGGAAUAUUUGUUUGGCCACACGGAGGAGGAGUACAUCCCAGACGCAGAGAGCGUUUACCUGCACCGCGAGCAGCACCACCAGCCUCAGGCCUGCAGCCUGGCUCAGUGCUUCCAGCUCUACACCAAAGAGGAGCAGCUGGCUCCGGACGACGCCUGGCGCUGCCCCCACUGUAAGCAGCUGCAGCAGGGACGCAUCAAGCUCAGUCUGUGGACGCUACCUGACGUCCUCAUCCUGCACCUGAAGCGGUUCAGACAGGAGGGCGACCGGAGGGUGAAGAUGCAGAACAUGGUGCGCUUCCCUCUGCUCGGGAUGGACAUGGCACCCCAUGUGGUGAAGCGAAGUCAGAGCAGCUGGAGUUUACCCUCACACUGGUCACCAUGGAGACGCCCUUAUGGCCUGGGGAGAAACCCGGACGACUAUUUGUACGACCUAUACGCUGUGUGCAAUCACCACGGAAACAUGCACGGAGGACACUACACCGCAUAUUGUAAGAACUCUGUGGACGGCCAGUGGUACUGCUUUGAUGACAGCGAGGUGUCACCUGUCGCAGACGACGAUGUGUGUCAACAGACCGCUUACAUUCUAUUUUACCAGCGCCGAACCGCCAUCCCGUCUUGGUCCGCCAACAGCUCUGUCGCAGGCUCCACCAGCUCCUCUCUGUGUGACCACUGGAUCAACCGUCUACCCGGGAGUAGACCCGCCAGCCUGGCCUCCGGAGCCUCUUCCAGGCGGACCUCACUGGCCUCUCUCGCCGAGUCCGGAGAGUUUCCAGCAGAGAGGAAUGAAGACGACGGGGGCUUCUCUGUGCGUCCGUUUGUGCGCAGUAUCCAGCGGCAAAGCAUAUCGUCGCGCUCGUCUAUGGCCAGUCCGUUGGCCCUGAGCGACAGUGGGAUCAAACCUUCCUGGUCCCUUGCGGCCAAGCUCCACAUGAGGUCAAACUCGCCCUCUCGCUUUUCCCUGGACUCGCGCUGCUCUCCUCCUCUGGAAAGGAUAGGAGAGGUUUAUGACGACAAAGUGUCCACGUCCUGUUUUGGCAGCUACAGUCGUCACGAGCGUUUCUUUGGCAACAGGAGUCCUUUAUCUAUGAUCGAGGGCAACGGGAGUGACCAGGACAACAAUCGCUUCCUCGACCUGAUGCACUGCAGAGCUCCCACUCCUGUAGACAAGAAGGAAAAGAAGGAGUCUGUGGAAAAUAACAACCAGAUUUCAGCUGUAGACCAAAACUUGAUCCCCACUGCAGCUACUCCAGCUAAAGAGCAGAAACGCAAGAGCAGCAUCGGAGGCUUCAUGUCAAAGACUGAAGGGACCAGCACCACUAAAGGCAAUAAAGACACGAAAACCGAACCAGAGAAAAGCUCCAAGAAACGCUUGUGUGCAUCUCAUAAGUGCGUUACAGAGACCCCUCCCACCACUCCUGUCAAAGGGAAAAAGGUGAGCAGUCUGAAGGAGAAGAGUGUUCCUUCUAAGAAGAGCACGUCAACACCUAGCAGCACGCCGGUGAAGACCAGAGCGUCUAAGAGCAUUGAUCUAACGCCACAACACAAGGCGUGUCUGCGUUCACCGCCUCAAUCCUCCGCCUCUCCAUCUCCAACUGCAAAAAGCUCCAUCAGCUCCAGCUGCACCCGCAGGAGCUGCAGCAGGGACUCCAUGCACACCAACCCCGUGGUGGACAGUGUACGCAACAGCUUCACCGCUCGCUCCUCUCCCUCUAAGGUCAUGGAGACUCGUCCUGAGAGGAGGUUUGUGAGAAGCUCCAGCAGCAGCUCCUCUGUCACAAGUCUGCGCUCGCCAAGUGUGUCGACUCGGGACCUCCAGCGCAGCAGCAAGUCUGAGGAGAAGGGUCUCUCCUUCUUCAAGAGCGCCCUCAGGCAAAGGGAAAGCCGCCGGUCGGCAGAUUUGGGCAAGAGUAGUGUGCUCACUAAAAAGUCCUCAGAGAAAACAUGCAAGCAGAACGGACAAGUCAAAGAUGUGAGUGCUGGGGGUAAGACAGGAGACACUUCAGUAGAGAACCACUCAGCAGAGACAAAGUCUGAGACUAAAUCUGAGACCAAGGAGUCUUCCAAAACGAGUCGCAGCCUUCUGCAUGUAGGCCGCUCAAAGUCUUCCACUUCAGAAGUCAGUCUCCAGUCUCCCACAAACGGAAAGAAGCCUUUGGAGAAAAAGGCAUCUUCCAGAAAGCUGGCCUCAAAUGUACAGUCUCCUGCUCGCACAACACAAAGGCCUCAGUGA